AAGAAGUAAAUAAUAAUACGACGAAUAUAAUCGCAGUCUAUUAAAAAUGUCCUCGACAUCGGCGGCUGCAUCAAAUGCAGCGCCCGCUAAAACCGAAGUGCGCUAUGUGACAGAAGUGCCCAGUAGUCUCAAGCAACUGGCCCGCUUGGUGGUGCGAGGAUUUUAUUCCCAGGAAGACGCGCUCAUCAUUGACAUGCUGGUGCGGAAUCCGUGUAUGAAGGAGGAUGAUAUCGGGGAAUUGUUGCGCUUCGAGAAGAAGCAGCUACGCGCCCGGAUCACAACAUUGCGAACGGACAAGUUUAUACAGAUACGUCUAAAGAUGGAAACGGGUCCGGAUGGAAAGGCGCAGAAAGUGAACUACUACUUUAUCAACUAUAAGACAUUUGUGAACGUGGUCAAGUACAAGCUGGAUCUGAUGCGCAAGCGUAUGGAGACGGAAGAACGCGACGCGACCAGUCGAGCCAGUUUCAAGUGCUCCACGUGCUCCAAGACAUUCACAGACCUCGAGGCGGAUCAGCUGUUUGACAUGGCCACACUGGAGUUCCGAUGCACGUACUGUGGCAGCUCCGUGGAGGAGGACAGUGCGGCGAUGCCAAAGAAGGACUCACGUCUAAUGCUGGCCCACUUCAACGAGCAACUGCAGCCGCUUUACGAUCUGCUGCGCGAGGUGGAGGGCAUUAAGUUGGCCCCAGAAGUGUUGGAACCGGAGCCUGUGGAUAUUGACACAAUACGCGGCAUUACCAAGCCGAAUGCUUUGCGUCCGGACAGUAUGCAAUGGUCCGGAGAGGCGACACGUAACCAAGGCUUUGCCGUGGAGGAGACACGGGUGGAUGUCACCAUUGGCGGCGACGAUAGCUCCGAGACGGUGGUGGAACGCAAAUCGCGACCCAUUUGGAUGACGGAGAGCACUGUGAUAACCGAUGCGGAUGCCAGCGAUGGCAACUCACUUAGUGAGGCGGCACAGCCGUCGACCACAUCCGGGCAUCGCAGUAAAAAGGAGAAUGAGGACAUUAUGUCGGUGCUGCUGCAGCACGAAAAACAACCGGGACAGAAGGAGGCGCAUUUGAAAGGCCUGCGCAAAGGAUCCUCCAAUGCGAACUCCAGUGAUUCCAGCGACGAUGAGAAUGAUAUUGACAACACCAAGAUUCCAAAUCUCAAUUUCGACAAUUAUAUCAACUCGGAAUCGGAGGAGGACGAUGACGAUGUGCCUACAGUGCUGGUGGCUGGACGUCCACAUCCGUUGGAUCAGCUGGACGAUACGCUGAUUGCCCAAAUGACGCCGCAGGAGAAGGAGAACUACAUACACGUCUAUCAACAGCACUAUAGCCAUAUAUACGACUGAUUCUUCUCCAACUAGGGCUUAAGUAUAUAGUCUCAAUGUUAGUUUAAGUGGCUUAUUAAAUUGGCACACAAGUAACGUUA